GGCUGGGAUGGCAGCGGGCUUGGCGCGGGGCUGAAGCCGGAGCGGCCCCGCCAUGGCCAAGCAGUACGACGUGCUCUUCCGCCUGCUGCUCCUCGGGGACUCGGGCGUGGGCAAGACCUGCCUGCUGUGCCGCUUCACCGACAACGAGUUCCACCCGUCGCACAUCUCCACCAUCGGAGUUGAUUUUAAAAUGAAGACCGUAGAAGUAGAUGGGAUUAAGGUCCGAAUACAGAUAUGGGAUACUGCAGGUCAGGAGCGAUACCAGACAAUCACUAAGCAGUACUACAGACGAGCCCAGGGAAUAUUCUUGGUGUAUGACAUUAGCAGUGAGCGCUCCUACCAGCAUAUAAUGAAAUGGGCCAGUGAUGUGGAUGAGUAUGCUCCAGAUGGUGUCCAGAAGAUCCUCAUUGGCAAUAAAGCAGAUGAGGAAGAGAAGAGGCAAGUAGGCAGAGAGCAAGGCCUUCAGCUGGCUAAAGAAUAUGGCAUGGAUUUCUAUGAAACAAGUGCCUGUACCAAUUUAAACAUCAAGGAGUCUUUCACUCGUCUGACAGAGCUGGUUCUGCAGGCCCAUAAGAAGGAGCUGGAUGGACUCCGCACAUACGCAGCUGACGAACUGAACCUGGUUGAGCUGGAAGAGGCAGCAAGCAAGCCAGAUGGUACAGAGCAUUCUCCCAAGACCUGUUGGUGCUGAAGGUCUCCCAGUGUGUGCGUGCACGUGUUCUCUCUCUCUCUCUCUAACCCCCGGUGCAGGCAGAAAGGCUGCCACCUGGAGAGGAUUGGCUUGCUGUGCUCCAUCCUUCUGGUCUUUGGUUGCCUGCCUGCUUGCCAUCUACCCUGCUGGAUCCUCUUUGGAUUCCCUGGUGUUUCUCUUGGUGAUUUCUAUUGUCCCCAAAACUCCCUGGAUCCAAAUCUCUUCAGACGGCUUCCAAUAUGCAGAGCAUCACCCUUCCAUCUUCAUGGAAGGGCUGCGGUUUGCAGUCAUAUCUGAGGUCCAUCCAGCAGUCUUUCAGACCCCAGAUGAUCUGCAGCUGGGCCCUCUCAAAUUGGGCAAGGUAAGCCAUUUGGUUCUGCGCCAGCACAGGGCCCAGCCUGACCUCUCUGAACAGGGCCCUCAAUGAGGAAAAUGCUAACUAUUGUCCAGGCAGGCCAUUUGCUAAUGCACCAUCUAUAGCAUGACUGCAGGUGGCUUGUUAAGUCUUUCCUCAACAUACUUUGCUAUUUCAGUAUCUGACCUAAUGUUUGUGCAACUUUGUGCAGCAUUCUGGCAGGUCCUGAGCCGUUAGUGAUGGGGCUUUGUGGCUGUC